CUCACAGAAACCCAUUUCACUCAACUUAAUCUUGGAGAGGGACUGGUGUUUUCUUUGAGAAAACAACUGUCAAGAGGAGGAAGUGCUCAACUCCGUAAGCUGUGCUAGUUGCUUCAGAAUUGAAAUAUUUCCCAGACAUCCAUGGUUCCCGCAGAUGAAUCCUACUACCUUUGAUGAUUUCCUGACUCUUCCUUUGACGCCACCAUAUUUUACCCACAUUUUGGAUUAUGACCAAAUACCUGCAAAACUAAUGUCAAGCUGUAGGCCUGCUUUGGUUAAAAUGGACCAAAGACAAAACUCACAGGUGAAACUGAAUCCGCUGAACCUUGGGACCAGACCAGGACAUACUCAACCCAAACCUAAGGAGAGGGAGCAGUGGGGCAGUAAGAUUGAGUUCAUCUUGGCAGUGGCCGGGCAUAUUGUCGGUCUGGGAAACGUGUGGAGGUUUCCAUAUCUUUGCUACAAAAAUGGAGGAGGGGUUUUCUUCAUACCUUAUGUUUUGUUUUUGUUCACCUGUGGCAUCCCACUCUUCUUCCUGGAGACAUCUUUGGGCCAGUACACCAGUCAGGGUGGAAUAACAUGCUGGAGCAAAAUCUGCCCUCUUUUUGAAGGCUUAGGUUAUGGAAGCCAAAUAGUUGUUUUGUACACUGGGGUGUAUUACAUCAUCAUACUGGCGUGGACAUUUCUGUACCUGUUUUCAUCCUUCAGCUCUGAGCUUCCAUGGGCGAGCUGUCACAACAGCUGGAACACAGAUGGCUGCUUCGAACACGGUCACAAUCAAACAUCCUCUCUGUACCUGUAUGGAAACAGCACCUCUUCGGUUGUAGAAUUUUGGGAGAGGAGAAUCUUGGGCCUGUCCAGUGGAAUUGAGGAAAUUGGCAAUAUUCGCUGGGACCUGGCACUUUGUCUACUACUUGCCUGGACGUUGUGUUACUUCUGUGUCUGGAAUGGAGUGAAGACUACAGGGAAGGUGGUCUACUUCACUGCCACAUUCCCAUAUGUAAUGCUGGUGGUGCUGCUUGUUCGUGGUCUUACAUUACCGGGGGCCAAAGAGGGAAUCAUGUUCUACCUCUACCCAGAUCCAUCCCGCCUCGCUGACCCAGAGGUAUGGAUGGAUGCUGGCAGCCAAAUUUUCUACUCCUAUGGAGUUUGCACAGGUGUUCUGACAUCUUUAGGAAGUUACAACAAGUACAGCAACAACUGCUACAGGGACUGUGUUUACCUGUGCCUGUUAAACAGUUUAACCAGCUUCAUUGCUGGCUUUGCCAUCUUCUCUGUGCUCGGUUUUAUGGCAAAGGAGCAAGGUGUGGAUAUAUCAAUGGUGGCUGAAUCAGGUCCAGGUUUGGCAUUCAUUGCUUAUCCUCGUGCUGUGGCUCUAAUGCCGCUCCCCCAGCUCUGGGCCAUCUUCUUCUUCAUCAUGAUCAUCUUCUUAGGAUUAGAUAGUGAGUUUGUAUAUCAAGAGGCGCUGGUUACAACCAUCUCGGACAUGUAUCCUGGCUUCUUUCAAAAUGAUUGUCGCCGUAAACUCCUCCUUCUCGCCAUUUCUGUUGGAAGUUUCUUUGUCGGCCUUUUCAUGGUCACGGAGGGAGGCCUUUAUCUCUUCCAGCUGUUUGACUACUACGCCUGCAGCGGGAUGACACUCCUGCUGUUUGCUGUUCUUCAGUCUGUCUGUAUCGGAUGGGUCUAUGGUGCAGAUCGUCAGUAUGAUAAUGUAAAGGACAUGAUUGGAUAUCGACCGUGGCCUUUUAUGAAAUAUUGUUGGCAGUACUUCACACCAGCUAUCUGUACUUGCACAUUUCUCUUCUCCUUGAUCAAAUACACCCCGCUCAAAUUCAACAACACUUACGAAUACCCGUGGUGGGGCUACACCAUCGGAGGAUUCUUCACUCUCUCUUCAACACUCAUGGUUCCUCUGUGGAUGCUGUAUGCUGUGUGUGUCACUCCAGGAACACUGAGACAGAGACUGAAAGUUCUGUGCACUCCAGCCAAAGACUUACCCACUGCAACGUUAAGGACAACAUCAAACAAAGAAGCAUUUCAGACGUUCACAGGCUUGUACACACUGCGCUCGACACAAAGUCCUGAUGACAGAACGCACAGAGCUCAGAGAUUAUCCAUCUAAACUACGAGAGAAGUUUUUUUUAAAAAAAAUAGUGUUUAUUAAAUGACCAUGGGAUGUGUUAUUAUUGUUACUGGGGAAUCAAACAAGAAGUCUGGGAAAAAGUGUUUUAUAAAAUGGAAAGAAAUGUUUCUCCUUUUAUCACAAACUGUGUUUUAUCAACCAUACUUGAGAACUGGGACGAAUAAUGCUCUACAAAAAGAGCCUUAAAAUUGUAAUGAAACACAUUGAUUUCAUUUCACUUCUAAUCUUGACCUUUGCCAGAAGACACCCUCGUCCCAGACAAGAAUUCACAACUUCAAACAAUUAAACAAUGUGUUAAUAGCCUGAAAAAGCUAAAACUAAUAGUACAUACUGAUGACAUCGGUGUAAAACUGUACUGCUAUAAUCAUCUUUGUUUUAAAAUAUAUGUUUUUAUGAAAAUGUUGGCCUUUUAAAGAUGUGUCCCAAAAUUUUUCAACUCCAUCAGAUUUCUACAAAAACAUAAUUUAAUCAGGCACAAAAGACAUUAGUUAUAUCAUAAAGACUCCUGUCUCGCUUCCUGGUCUCCAAAAAGGCAGGAAUGCCCACUUAAAAGUAAUCUUUAAAUAAUCUUUAAAUCAUAUUUCUUACUUAGUUUUGAUUUAGAAGGGCUACAGAGUUGACCUGUUGUGGUUGAGACACGUCCAAUAACAAUUAUACAAUACAUUUAUUAAACAAAUUGAAAGCUUACCAGUACUUGAUUGGCAUUAAGAGUACUCUUAGCAACUUUGAAAAAUAAAAUGGCUAAUCACCACAACUGCAGUAAAAUUAAUGAAAAUUAAACUUUUUGUCAACUCCGUAAGUCAAGAUGUUUAUCUUUUAAAAUAUAUUUUCCCAUCCUUAUUGAAGAAUAAAAAUAGAAAACCCCCAAAAAGUAAUGUUUUGUCCCAGUUCCCAAGAAUGAGUGGCAUACAGUAUCUACUGUGUUUGUUAUAAUUUAUUGAGUGACAAAUGAGUUGUUUAAAAACGUGGUUAAUAUAAACAAUAUUACCAAAAACAGUAGUAUUCAAAAUAAGUAAAUACAUUAAUUUAAACCAAAAUAUAAAGAGUGUUCAAUACACAACUACAGGACACAUGACUAUAAAAAGGUAUCAGGUAUAGAGAAAAGAAGGUAGUUAGAUGAGUGCCGCACUGUACAGUGCACAGGUGAAAUGUAGUUAGUAUCAGACCACACCUGGGUGCCUUCAACGUCUGAAACUGAGGGAAGCUUGGUAUGCAGGCUGUAAUUCAACACACUGCAUGUUCUGAGCUUUUCUCAUUUAAAUUACAGAGUAAUAUAAAGCGUCAGUGUUCAGCUGUUUUACACUUUGAUUGCAGUGUUCACAUUGUGUGGGCUGAAACAUGAAACUUGUGUUGAAACAAUUGUGACGACAAAGUCAGUUACGUACAGAUAAAAAAACAGCACCAGGUGCUUAAGUAGUGAUAAGUACAUUGAAAGCAAUACUUUGCUUGAGGAACUGUUCUGUGUGUUUUGUUUUUACUAUAAACCACACAGAGUUUACUGCUUAUACACUCUCAGCGGUGUAAAUAAUAACCAAAAUAACUACAAAUUUGGAGAAACUUGUUAGUCUAAAAAUCAUUUUCUGACACUACUGGCUCCCAAUUUCCCAUUUUCCAGGUGUAGCAUGGAGAAAAUUUAACAUGUCAUAUUUUACAUUACACAUUGUCAAAUCCACUUAACAAAGACUAUUAACAAAAACAAAAAUAAACUGGGUUUAUUACGUAUUUACUUAAUUGGGUGGUAAAUAGACUGGGGAUAGUUGUAUAUUAGUUCUAAAAAAAUUUUGUUCUACCUUCUACCUACUCCUUUUUGGAAGCUGUUACCUUUUUUUAUUUGGGUUCGAAAUAAAGUCAUUCAUUCAUUCAUUCAUUCAUUCAUUCAUAAGAAAACAGAACAAAUGACUCACAUUACAGUGUUGUUAAACUGACAAACAGUGUGUCUUUUAUAACGUCACAUGGACACCUGAUUUCCUGUUCAGCUGUUUCUACCUGUAGGUUUACUUAACUAACUCAUUUAGUUAUUUUAAAUAUUUAAAAAAUAAAAUAAUAAUAAAAAUCAGCCAUGAGUACAGUCUGAUCCCAGGAUACAUCUCUUCUCCCAGACUUCUUGUUCAUUCUCCCCCUGAUACCCCAGGCACUCCAUAUUUCAGUUUUUCUACAGUGUAAUUUGCCUAAAACCUAUUAUUUUUCUUGCCCAAAUGUGAUUUUUAUAAAGUAUAUUGUGAUUUGUAAUUAAAUUAUAUCACAACUAUUUUAUGACUUAAUCAGCAUUUUUCAUCAUUUCUUACCUGCUUACUCUGUAACAUUAUAACUGUACCUUGUAAGUAACACAUGAAACAGUAUCUGUCCCCUAUCAUAGAGGUCAUCACCUGUUCCAGGGUUUGGCCACUGGGGGGCGCUGCAGGUUUGUGUUUUAAAAGUCCUGCUUCAAAAAACAACGUAUUUCCUGCUGCAAUAUGGUCUCCAACCUCUGCUCUGUAGCUGCAGGAGUAUUUUCAUUCACUUAUGCAAUGUGUCACCUUAAAGUUUCCCUCCUGCCUGUAAAUACUGAGAGUGUUGUAGCCUAAUAUGAUUUAUUUGCGUAGUCUAACUGCAAAGUUAUACAAAAUACAACUUCCACCAGUCCCCCUUGUGUGGUCUUUAAAGUGCAGUGGUGUGCUGUUAAAUACUGUAUGUUUGAUUUACAAUAAAUAUUGUCAGUGUACAGCCAGGUCUCAGAUCAGGUGCUGCUGCUUUAGUCUUGUGGAUGUUGACAGCAGGACAUCUGCUGGCUGAACCCUCACAUUACAAGAGGAGGGAGCAGGAAGCUGCAGCUAUGGUUUUUUGAUUCUUGAGUGUUGAAAGGUGAUCACAAACACAAAUGGUGUGUUAAAACAUUAAUAAAACACUGAUUAAAAAGCAACUCUGUUUUGAAAAACCUUGCAUACAUGAAGCUGUAAAUGAAGAUUCAUAACACCAGCAGAAACACCUGCUACAUAAUUUAAUUUAAUUCGUUUACUUUUUUUUUAUCAGGGACCAUGUACAGAGAACAUUGGACUCAACAGAGUAAAGAUGCACUGCACCGGAUUAUAGCUUUUUAGCUAGUUUCCAUCUGCAGUCCCUGAGGCAGGCAAAAGAAGAAAUAACGAGAAAAAUUAAAAUAUCACAAAGAGACAUAUAAAAAGACAGACUGAAACGGUACAAGAAAAUAGAGUGCAUUGAAAUCUAUGGGACAACGCACACACAGCGUCUGAAGUGCGAGUGCUCACAGUUCCAGAAAACAGUCAUAUAUGUCAUAGAUUAUUUAUUCAACCCCAGACUGGUUUUGGUCACGCAGACAACAUAAUACCACUACAAUAUAACAUUCACAAACAUUCUUUAUUGCACAGCCAAACUUUAAACAUUAUGUGGAAAAACAUUCAAAUAUCACAAACCUAUGGAGCAUCAUUAACUUGUCAUUUAACAGGGUGGAUUUAACUAAACUGCUUUCUCUAAUGAAUCAGGAGUA